AUGUCGUACGCCUAUCUCUUCAAGUACAUCAUCAUCGGCGAUACUGGGGUUGGUAAAUCAUGUUUGCUUCUUCAGUUUACUGACAAGCGUUUCCAGCCAGUACAUGACUUGACUAUUGGGGUCGAAUUCGGGGCAAGGAUGAUCACGAUUGACAACAAGCCCAUUAAGCUUCAAAUAUGGGACACCGCCGGUCAAGAAUCUUUUAGAUCCAUUACCAGGUCGUACUACAGAGGAGCUGCUGGUGCACUUUUGGUUUAUGAUAUCACCAGGAGGGAGACUUUUAAUCACUUGGCUAGUUGGCUAGAGGAUGCAAGGCAGCACGCAAAUCCGAACAUGUCAAUUAUGCUGAUAGGCAACAAAU